AUGGCCAUUCCCGUUCGUCCUGAGAUUAAGGCAGAGCUUUCUGAGAUUCUACAGGCUUUUAUUUUGAAUAUCGGCUAUGAAUCUGCUCCUCUGAAACUAUAUCCUGCAGUCGAAGAUCAAGUGAAGCUGCAUUUCAAGGAUAACGGAUUCUCAGAUGAAUUUAUUUCAAAGAUCGAGCCACAGAUCAAGCCUAGCGUCGGAAUCGCAACCACUGCCUUUCAAAUGACCCCCUUCGAUAUACAAUGCACGGUGGCAAUCUUCACUACUUAUUGUCUCAUCAUCGAUGAUUCUGCCCAUGGCCUCGAGUUCAAGCAACACCUAAAGCGAUUCAGUAUUUGCCUACUGACCCGACAGCCUCAAGAAAGCCCGGUUCUCGAGAGUAUGGGAGAGUUCCUGAGCUCAUUCCAUUCUAUCUUCGGUCAAUUUUCUGGCGACAUGAUCAUCAAGGACACACUGCAGUUUAUCAGCGCAUGUUACGCAGAGGCCGAGAGCGAGAACCUGCAGUUCCCUGCAGAAGCACAUCUAUUCCCUAGCUACUUGCGUCUGAAAGUCGGCGUAGCCGAAGCCUACUCCUUUAUGCUGUUCCCGAUUGCACAAUUCUCCGAAGCCGAAUGCCUCCGAUACUGUCUACCGCUCAUACCAUAUUUGAUAUGGGUUUUCAACUGGAUAAAUGACAUUAUGUCAUUCUACAAAGAACUGGUUGAGACGGACCAUUUUAAUUUCGUCGCGAACUCGGCCCGGUGUAAAGGGCAGACUCAGAUCGAGUUUCUGAGGAAGCUUUGUGAUGAUACAAGUGACGUGAUCCGGACCUUGCGCACGCUUGGGAAGACUCAUCCCAGGCUAUCUAAGGCCGUUGAGGCUUUUGUUUCUGGUUAUGUUACGUAUCAUCUGACGCAGACACGGUAUCGAUUGGAGGAUUUAGAUUUGUCACCCGUUUCCGAUGCUAGAGAAUGGUCGAAAGCUGUGAUUGUGAGCAGAGAAUAA